AUGCCUGUAAGGCGGCGCAGCGCACGAGGAGAGGGAAGAGUAUCUGUAGUAUACAAGAACUGCCCCAAGAUCUUGCUACGGUUGUGGAAGCUUAUAAAGGUUGUUUGGAGGAAAGGAGAGCUUUGCAGAGAAUGGCUGAAGGCAGAGGGAUGUUUUAUUCCUAAAGAAGAGGAUUCGUCAAACCUUGGUCAAUUCAGGACUAUCUCUUUGCUGAACGUGGAAGGGAAGAUACUCCUCGCUGUCCUUUCAAAAAGAAUGACCUCUUAUUUGCUUCAAAACAAGUACAUAGAUACAGCUGUGCAGAAAGGAGGAGUACCCGGUGUAUCUGGGUGCAUCGAGCAUACCAGUGUCAUCACCCAAAUCAUCAAGGAAGCACGCGAGAACAAAGGAGACAUCGCAGUGAUCUGGCUUGACCUAGCAAAUGCAUAUGGUUCUGUUCCGCAUCAGAUGAUACAAAAGACUCUACAAUUGUAUCAUGUACCCGUUCGAUUUCGGCAGAUGUUGCGGCACUAUUUCGACGGCUUCAUCAUGAGAUUUUCAACCAGGGCAAUAACCACUGACUGGCAGAGACUUGAAGUAGGAGUCAUUACCGGGUGCACAAUUUCAGUGGUGCUGUUCGCAGCAGCCAUGAAUCUGAUAGUGAAGUCAGCGGAGAAGCCAUCAAGAGGACCCAAAAUGACUUCGGGGUGUAUCCAACCACCAACGAGGGCAUUUAUGGACGAUAUGACUAUUACAGCAAAGUCGUACGUCGAGGGAAGGUGGAUGCUGCAAGACAUUGGCGAACUUAUCGAGUGGGCCAGAAUGAAGUUCAAACCCCAGAAAUCAAGGAGCAUGGUUUUGAGGAAAGGAAAGAUUCAAGAGAGUGCAAGAUAUAGAAUCAAAGAUCAGCUCAUCCCUACUGUUAAGGAGCAACCAGUGAAGUGCCUCGGGAAGUGGUUUCGAGACUCACUCAAUGAUAAACAGAGUAUCAAUGACACGGUAGUGCAAAUGGAGAACUGGUUGAAAGAUGUGGACAAGUGUGGUCUGCCAGGAAAAUUCAAGGCCUGGAUUUACCAACAUGGCAUCCUACCACGCCUAUUGUGGCCGCUGCUUGUGUACAGUGUACCGUCAUCAACAGUGGAAGCAAUGGAGAGGACAAUAAAUUCAUUCCUCAGGAGGUGGAUGGGGGUGCCAAAGAGUUUCACCAGCCUCGGUUUGUACUGCACAGGCAGCAAGCUGCAGAUACCUCUCAGAUCACUGACGGAGAAAUACAAGGUCACAAAGGCUCAGAAAGUCAUUAUGCUACGAGACAGUAGAGAUGAGAAGGUUAGAGAAGCAGGAGUGCAGGUCAACACCGGGAGAAAGUGGAGGGCUGACAAGGCAGUUGAAGAGGCUGAGGCUCGUCUUCGGCACAGCGACAUUGUCGGUAAUGUUGCACACGGGCGACUAGGCUUCGGAUGCGUCCCCCGUUCGCAGUGGAGCAAAGCCAGUGCAAAAGACCGACGCACCCAAGUGCAGGAAGAGAUUCGCCGAAUGGAGGAAGAAUCCAGGCUCACCAGAGCUGUUACCCUACGGAAACAGGGAAAAUGGCUGAACUGGGAGGGAGUACCCCAGAGAAAGCUUACAUGGAAUGCGAUCUGGACCAUGGAAAGCGACAGACUUAGUUUCUUGCUCAAGUCUGUCUACGACAUGCUGCCAAGUCCAACAAACCUAGUGACUUGGGGUCUUGCCGAAAAGCCAGAUUGCAAGCUCUGUGGAAGACCAGCGAAUCUGGAGCAUGUCCUGAGCUCAUGCAGGACAGCCCUGUCUGAUGGUCGAUACAGAUGGCGUCACGACAGGGUUCUUGCUUCAAUCGCCGAUCAUCUAGAUCAAGCACGAAAAGCGCAGAAGACGACCAACAAAGGCCCCUCAUUCAUUUCCUUUGUCAGAGCCGGAGAAGAAGGGGCAAAGGCCAAACGCGCAUGUGGGAUUCUUGGAACGGCAACAGAUUGGAGAAUGGAAGCAGACUUGAAGAAACAGCUCAAGUUUCCACAGGAGAUCACCGUGACAAACCAGAGACCCGACAUAGUACUGUGGUCAGCUGCAUCAAAACAGGUUGUGAUGGUGGAGCUCACAGUACCAUGGGAGGAGCGGAUUGAAGAGAGCUUCGAACGGAAGCGCGAAAAGUACCAGGCCCUCACAGAUACCUGCACAGAGAAAGGCUGGAAGGCAUGGUGUUUUCCAGUGGAGGUGGGCUGCAGAGGUUUCCCAGCACAAUCACUGUGGCGCACUUUCAGCAGACUGGGGGUUACAGGACAGGCCCGGAAACGGGCCAUAUCGGUUGUUGCACGUGAAACGGAGUCUGCUUCCUUGUGGCUAUGGCGGAAGAGAGAGGAGAAGUGGAUAGGGGGACACAGGGCUGUCGACCAGGGACUGGCCACCGAGACCUGGCAGAUGUGGAAGUGUAGCGGAGGCUUACUAUCUCCUGGCCGGAAAUUGAUCACUUCCGGUCGGCACACCAUAGGAGGACGUAGUGGGACAGUGCCGAAACGUCCGAUGAAUAUGGACCCACCUGAUGAAGGAGAUAGUAGCAGCAUCACGGCUGUAUCUGACAACUUCAUUAAUAUUGUGCGAACUGUCGUUUCCAAACUGGGCAAACGUUCAUGGUGCUAUAUAAACGUUAACGGACAGCCUGUGUAUGACAAGCCUCGGUCAGGAGCUGGAGCGUGCACGUCGCGACCAGGGCGAGAGUCACACGCAGAAGAUUUUCUUGAAGACUUCUACGAAGAAUCGCUAAGCGGAAUGGAGUGUAUGAUAGGGGAACUUUUGCGGCGGCUAUUGGAAGAACUUGGAAGGAUCGCCAAGCGGAAUGGUCAUUUGCCUAAGUCGGAUAGUGGUUUCACUACAUCUCCGGAAGAGGGCAGGAGCAGCGGGGCAGCGGAGUUGGCAGCGUACAGGACGGACGGGGCGGACCUGGAGCAGAGAUUCAGACCAAGAUUUCGAAGAGGUGGCCCUAGAAAGAUAUUGGAAGUGUCCCAGGACAGCGGUACUCAAUGUGCUUUACGUGCUGGGAAAACCGUUCCGGUAUUCAGGUCGACGGCUUGUGACGUCUAG